CUCUCUGUCUCUCUCUCUCGCUCUCACAUUCGCUCUCGCUCCACUCCUCCCUCCUCUCUCGCUUACUCUUUGUCUGUCCUUGGUUCACCUGAUCUUUCACCUUGUGCGACACCAAACACCGGAUAUCUGAUACCCUCCACUCAACCAACCCACCAUGGCGGAUGUCACCACCACCGAAGGGAAUUUUCGUCUCCCCGAUGGGGCUGAAGUCUACCAAAAGACCUGGUCGCCCUCCACUCCCCCCUUGGCCAAGCUCGUGCAUUUCCACGGUUUCAGCGACCACAUCAACAAUUACUUCGACCUCUUCCCGGCCCUGGCUCGCCAAGGCAUCCGCUGCACCGGCAUCGAUCAACGGGGCUGGGGCCGAUCGGUGCACACCAAAGCCGACCGGGGCAAUACCGGGCCCACCGCCGUCAUUCUCGCCGACAUGGCGGCCGUGAUCCAAGCCCAGCAGAACACCGCUCCCGAUGUUCCCGUCUUCAUCAGCGGGCAUUCCAUGGGCGGAGGCCUCGUGGCCACGCUCGCCUCCACGCCCGAAUACCAACCGCUGGUCGCCUCCCUGCGGGGCAUCCUCCUCGAGGCCCCGUACAUCGGCCUCACCCCGGAGCAAACGCCUGGGUCGCUCGUGGUGAUGGCGGGUCGCCUGGCCGGCCGACUGCUGCCGCAUUUCCAACUCACGCAGAAGCUGAUGAUCGAGAACCUGGUGCGCGAUCCGACCGUACAGACGCAGAUCAAGAACGACCCGCUGAACCACAUGACGGGCACGCUGGAGAUGUUCGCCAACAUGCUGGAUCGCGCGGCCGCCCUCACUGCGGGCAAGCUGGUGCUGUCCGAGGGGGUGCAGUCGGUGUUCGUGGCCCAUGGCACGGGCGACCGAUGUACCAGCCACGACCUCAGCCAGCGGUGGUUCGACCAGCAGACGGGCCGGGUGCCGCCGCGGCAGAAGCAAUUCAAGUCCUACCCGGGUUGGAGCCAUAUUAUGCACGCCGAUCUGCCCGAGAACCGCCAGGUCUUCGCCAAUGAUGUGGCGGCUUGGAUUCUGGAGAAGGCGCAGGAGCGGUCGGCGAGGCUGUGAGAGAGGAGGACCGGGUGCGGACUCGUUACUGUGUCGAGUAUCCCGAUGAGAUGGGGGAGAUACAAUCCGGGGAUGAGAUUCUCCUCCUCCCCCUCCUGGCUAUGAUGUUUAAUGAUUUAAUUAAUGAUUUACUUAAUGAAAAUCGGUCCCGAGCCACAGUGCUGGUCACGC